UUUUUUUUUUUAAUUUGGCUAAUGUAAAUAAGUAAUUUACUUCUCAAUUUGGGGAUUUUUUUUGCUUAAUCGUUGAAUACUUGAAAUUCAUAUGCUAUUAUGCUAAUAUUCAUUACGAAUUAAGGAUUUUUUGUAAAUUGUUGAAGAUUGGUUAUAAUUUGCUAAUUUACUUCUCAAGUUCUCAAUUUGGGGAUUUUUUAUGUUACAUUGUUGAAUUUCAUAUGCUAUUUCGUAUUCUGCCUUCUGGAUAAGUGGAUUUCUGAUUUCAUAUGCUGUUUGUACAUUUAUUGCACUAUCGUGGUAUGUUGGAAUGUUGGAUGAAUCCUCUUUUCUCCUUAUGUGGCUUUAGAUAGUUUAAGUAGCUAUGGUAUGUUGGAUGAGUCUUCUUCUCUGAGUUCUCUCUAUCUAUGUGAAAUGUGCUUGGCAUGCGGUCUUUCUUUAGCCUUUCCUAGGGGUGGCUUAAAGAAUAAGCCAGGUGGGGGAGGGCAGGAGCUCGGCUAAGGACAUUUAUGUACUGAAUAUUUAAUUAUUAUAUUUUUUUCCUUUUGUUAAUUACGAUUUCAAAUUUUCCAAGUUUCGAACCCACACUUCGAAAAUCCUGGUGACGCCACUGCCUCCACUGUAACGUACUCUUGAGCUUUCUCUCCUCCAUUUAAGCGUACCCUGAGUUCUUUAUUGAAGCUGCUUCUGAGCUUUCUUUCCUCCAUUGAAGCAGUUCCUGAGCGGAUUGCAUCAAAUAAUCGAAAGUCGAGAACAAGUUGAAGCUGAGUGUAUGGCAUCUUGGGCUACAGCAACCUUGCCUCUUAAAGAGCUUUCUUUGUUGCCUGUCGUUUCUUCUAGAACAACAGGAGGUACUUCAUGGUGCAUGACAGGCUACCUUAAACCUUUAAAUCUUAGAAGAAAAGGAAUUGUCCGUCCUUAUGUGACUCUGAAGUACAUAAAAGGAAGAGCCAGUUUGGUUGGCUCGAGGCAGAGUCCUGGCAAUUCAAAAGUUGGGGUAUGGGAAGAUCCUGAGGAUGGAAGUGGGAGUGACUAUGAUGAUGAAGAGCAGGAAGCGGAGGAAAAUGAUUUGGAUUUUGAGAGUGACUGGGAAGAAGAUAAAGACUCUUCAGUUGCGACAAUUACUGGAAAACAUGCAGAAAUGAAGUAUGAGGAUGAACUCGCAAAAGAGAUUGAGCAUUUCUUGGAACCAGAGGAGUGGCUAAUUUUGCAACAAAAUGCAGAUCCAAAUCUUGAGAAAAUAUCAACUGCAAAAUGGAGUCCUCUUCACUGCCUAGCAUUGUCAGGGCAAAUUCAUUUUCUUGACCAGUUACUUGAAAAUGGUGUCAACAUUGAUCUUCCAGACAAGGAUGGUCUGACUGCUCUACAUGUCAGCAUCAUUGGUAAGAAGGAAGCUGUUAUUAGUCAUCUCAUAAGAAAAGGUGCCAAUCCUCAUAUUAAGGAUAAGAAUGGUGUCACCACACUUCACUAUGCAGUUCAAGUUGGUGCCAUACAGACUGUGAAAUUACUUAUCAAGUACAAUGUAGAUGUGAAUGCCUCUGACAAUGAAGGGUGGACCCCCUUACAUGUUGCCAUGCAAAGUAGAAACAGAGACAUUGCAAAAAUCUUGUUAGUAAAUGGUGCAGAUAAAAUGAGGAAAAAUACGGAUGGAAGGACACCUUUGGAUCUGAGCAUAGCUUAUGGAAAAGAUUUCAAGGCGUAUGAUCUUGCUAAGUUGUUGAAAAUGGUAACUGCUAACAGAGAUCUGUAGCUGGUGAACAUGAUCCCAUAAAGUGUAGUACAUGUCAAACAUCCUUCAGAUCUUCAAGAUUGCUGAACUACAGGAUUCACAUGUCUCUAUGUUGCUGGCUUGCUGCUGAUAAGGCUGUGCUUUUGGUUCAGAACUGUCAAAUGUGUUCAAAAUGUUUCUGGAAACUGAAUUUGUACGUUAAGAAUGUCAAUCUUUUGCAUCAAAUAGCCAGUUGUUAAAGCAGGCGACAAGACCAUCCUAGUGUACAGCAUCUACCUUCUUUCAAGUAUGUACAAAAACCUGCAGCAGCAAUGGCCACCCGUGCAAAGAAAGGCUGAAUAAGAACAGUACUGAGGCUCCCCAAGAUUGAUCUUUUGCAUUGUAUGCAGAAACUCAGCCAGUGUAUUCAAAGAUUUUACUCUACUGUUACAAGGAUAUACAGAUAGUCAGAUACUGUGGGUAUUGUCAAUUUUGAAUUUUUUUUUUUUUU